AGCGGCUAGCGAGCAGCUAAUCCUGAUAACACGGGCGAAAACUCACUUGAAAUGAUUUUCUCAUCAGUUUUGUUUGUUCGUUUCACUGGUCCCAGUACAACUCCAUGAGAUUUAUCCGCCUGUCAACUCAGUCCAUGCUAAUUUGUUCUAUAUUAAGGUACGCGAUUGUCAGUGUCUCAUAAUAUUCCGAUACCAAAGUGUCCACAAAAAUAACGGCAGUUGUGAAAGAGAUGAUCCUCAAAUCGCCAACAUGGUGGAACCGCAGAACCAAAAUGGAACGCUGUCUGACAUUGACCACACUUGUCGUGGCAUUGAUUGGAGUUUCUCUUUUAGUCGCGUUAUCUACUGUGCUGUUGAAUUUUGAGAAAUACAAUAAGAAUAAUACAAUUGACAGUUCCUUCACUGCCGAGCCAUUAUUGGGUGCCGAACCAUCCAUUAUCAAUACUGUUUCCAAUGGAGAAGUGCCAAACAAUAAGAUUUGUCUCACACCUGGAUGCAUUCACACAGCUUCGAAGGUUCUCGAGUAUAUGGAUCCUUCGGUAGAUCCAUGUGAUGACUUUUACCAAUUCACUUGUGGAAACUUUCUUAAGAAAACUAACAUUCCUGACGAUAAAGCUUCUGUGACCUCGUUCAGCAUUAUAAGUGAUUUACUGCAAGAGCAACUCAGAUCGAUGAUUGAAGAACCUAUAGAUCCCAAAGAACCAAAACCGUUUCAACUCACCAAAAAACUCUACAGGGCUUGCAUGAAUAAGACCUUGAUAGAAAAGGAAGGGUUAACUACCAUUUUCAAGAUAUUCAAGAAUUUGGGUGGAUGGCCAGUAUUGGAAGGAGAUAUGUGGAAUGAUGGUGAUUUUGACUGGAGAAAGGCAGUGUAUAAAUUCAGGAGAAAUGGAUAUAGCGUGGAUUACCUCAUCGAUUUCUCUGUGGGCAUAGAUCUCAAAAACUCAACUCGUAGGAUUAUAGAUUUGGACCAAGCAUCCUUUGGACUCAGGAGAGAGUUCCUCACCAGAGGGCUAUCUGAUAAAUUAGUCCGGGCCUACUACGAUUAUAUGGUAGAUAUAGCCGUUCUUUUUGGAGCGGAGAAAACAAGAGCAUCGAAGGAAUUGGAAGAAUCUCUCAAUUUCGAAAUCAAAUUGGCAAAUAUUUCAUUGCCAAGUGAAAAGAGAAGGAACGCUUCUCUUUUAUACAAUCCAAUGACGGUUGAAGAAUUACAAAGGAGGUUCCAGAGCAUUCCUUGGCUUGAGUACAUCAAUACACUUUUAGCUCCAGAUACUGUGAUAACCAAGGAUGAGGUUGUUGUAGUUAGUGUACCAUCGUAUAUAACGGAUCUAGAAAAAAUUCUUGCAAUAACCCCCAAAAGAGUUCAAGCCAAUUACAUAAUGUGGAGAGCUGCAGCUUCAUCAGUAUCAUAUCUAACGGAAGCUCUGAGGAGGCGUCAACUAGAAUACACUACUGUUGUAUCUGGUAAAACGGAGAGGGCACCAAGAUGGAAAGAAUGCGUUGAUAUAUCUGCCGGCAGUUUAUCAACAGCUGCUGGUGCUCUUUACGUUAGGAAAUAUUUCAACGAAGACGCUCGACAGAAUGCUUUGGAAAUGGUACGUGACAUAAGAGCUGAAUUCGAGAGAAUCUUAAAGGAGGUCGAUUGGAUGGAUGACGAAACUAAAAAAAAUGCUAUAGAAAAGGCCAAAUCCAUGUCCACUCAUAUAGCUUAUCCAGAUGAGCUUUUGGAUGACAGCAAGCUAGAGGAGUUUUACCAAAAUUUGGAGAUGGACGAGAACAAUUACAUGGGAUCCGUCCUGAAUCUCACCUUAUUCGGUACUCAAUUCUCAUUCAAACGUUUGAGGCAACCGGUAAACAAGACUGAUUGGAUAACUCACGGAAGACCUGCUAUCGUAAACGCGUUCUAUUCAUCGAUUGAGAAUAGUAUACAAUUUCCAGCUGGUAUUCUCCAGGGGGUAUUUUUCAAUGCUGACAGACCAAGGUACAUGAAUUAUGGUGCUAUUGGCUUUGUUAUUGGUCACGAAAUAACUCACGGCUUCGAUGACCAAGGCAGGCAAUUCGAUAAAAAUGGCAAUCUGGUAGAUUGGUGGGCUCCUUCGACCCAAAAGGCUUUCAUCGAGAAGGCUCAAUGUAUAAUAGAUCAAUACGGAAAUUACACAGUUCCAGAAAUAGGACGUAAUCUAAAUGGAAUCAACACACAAGGCGAGAACAUCGCCGAUUGUGGUGGCCUUAAGGAGGCCUACAUCGCCUAUGAGCACUGGAUGAAGCGACACGGCGAAGAACCUUACCUUCCAGGCAUCAACCUGAAUGGUCGCCAGAUGUUUUGGGUUUCAGCCGCCCACAUCUGGUGCUCCAAGUACAGAAAAGAAGAUUUAAGACAAAUAGUGGUCACUGAUGAACAUUCUCCAGAUAAAUUCAGGGUUAUAGGCCCAAUGAGCAACAUGCAAUACUUCGCCAAGGAUUUCGAUUGUAAAGUCGGAUCCGUCAUGAACCCGGUUCAUAAAUGCAAUGUCUGGUGAUCAUUUCCAUCAAAAUCACAUCGAAUCAUCAUUUUUAAAUUGACUUGAUUAUUAUUGUCAUACAAAAUUUCAGAAAUUACACUAAUAACUUUGCAGAGAUGUAAGCCUAACAAAACCUUGGCCAUUGCAUGAAAAUUCCCAACAUAGAUUAAUGAACAACGAUGUUAUUAUACUAAUUUUAAUGUAUAUCUAGCAUCCAUGUAGAUCUCUAACACUGUACAUUUGAUCUAUCUUUCAAUAUUGUUAAUUUUAACUAGCGCAGAAUGUAGAUCUGAACGAUCAUUGAUGGAAUUCUGUAGAAGUUCCAGAGUAUUUUUAGACGUCUUAAACCAUCGUAUUUUUGCCUUUCAAAAAUCUUGUUCUAUAAUGAGAACAUACUCAAUCAUAUCUAUUCCUCUGUCUCAACUGUUGUUUGACUUUAUGAUUGAAAGGAGAUUGAUAGUCUGCGAAUUUAUUCAUCAUACUCAAAAUAUUAAAAACGAUUUUUUAGCUGAAUGGUAUCAACACUCAAGGAGAAAAUAUAGCUGAUAAUGGAGGAAUAAAAGAAUCUUAUCUGGCAUAUCAAUCGUGGACCCAAAGAAACGAACCAGAAAUGCGUCUCCCAGGCCUUGACUUCACGCCUCAACAGAUGUUCUGGAUAUCUGCUGGAAAUAUUUGGUGUUCGAAGUAUAGACCGGAAGCUUUGAAACUGAGGGUUUUAACAGGAUAUCACUCCCCUGGAAAUUUCAGAGUUAAUGGACCUUUGAGCAAUCUGGAUCAUUUCGCGGAAGAUUUUAGUUGUCCCAUAGGUUCCAAGAUGAAUCCUAGAAGCAAAUGUAGAGUCUGGUAAAAUUUUUCCGUGAAAAGGUUGAGUUUCUGUGAUUUUUGGAAUGAUAUUAUUCUUGUACAUAUUAAGCGACGUAAGCAGAAAAACUCAUUGUUUUGUAUUUUAUUGAUCUGAUUUUUGUAUUAAGAGAACAAAUAAAGUUGAAUAUUAUAUAA